UCAUUUGCUCACAGUGACUUUUGAAGCCAGCAAAAACAAAAAAAUGAAGACUCUGAUUGUUAUCUGCAUGCUUGCCGCAGUCGCAUCGGCGACUUAUUCCUAUAGAGAGAGGAGGGCGUUUUUUGAGAAAUGCUCAUCUGAGGCAGAUUGCGGCGAGGGACGGUGCUGCCUUCUCAACAAGCGAUGCUUUCCCAAGCUACCCAAGUACUCGAUCUGCAUGUUUGAGGAGAAGCAUGGCUGCGGAUGUCAGGAGGGGCUCGAGUGUAAGGUGACCAAGACCAUCUCCAUCAAGGACCAGCCAGUGUUCACGGUGCGCCAGUGCAUGCCGGUAGAUGAGGAGGUCACUGUUGAGAACCUGGGAGACAACGAUGUGGACGCUUCCAUCAGGGACCGCCGAGGACUUUUAGGGAGAUGCUCAAAGGACGAAGACUGUACCGGCUGGAACCAAUGCUGCCUUUUUGGAAAACGAUGUGGACUGAAGAUCGGCAAAUACUUUACCUGUUAUUUCAUGAAUAAGCAUAAGUGCGGAUGCAUGGACGGUUUGGAGUGCAGGCAGACGACCUCCAUCACUCUACCGAUUGUCCAAGUUCCCUUUGCCAUCAAGCAGUGCGUGCCUAAAGAAGAUGUACCCGCCGAAAUGUAACCAUGGUGAUAGUGUAACCACGACUAUUGUGUCAUUAAAACACGAAAGCCUGAGGCAGAUCGGCCAUGGGGAUAGUCAUGUAGUCUUAGUUUAAGCGAAAUAAAAAAUGAUGUCCAAAAA